CUCUGGCGCUGCUGUCACACGACAGUCCGGGACGCUUUACGGCAGAGCCAGUGGUUGCGAGACGCACUUUAUGCUGCUUUUUCGUGACUGAGGUGUGUGGAGAAGAGUCGUGAAGUAGAGCAGGUCCUGGAGGUCAAGGUUCACCUGCGCAGGUGAUGAGAUCAGGGCUCGGGUCUCUGAAGCUCUGCUGUCUGUGGGUUCUGCUGGCUGUGUUGAUGCUGCCGGUCCUGAGGCGUCUGGGAUUGAGAGCGUUCUCGAUGGCGUCAGACUCGUAUUCUUCGGGCACACACUCCGCAGCUUUCGUCACCUGCCCCAACGACACGGUGGCCAAAGAGCUGGCCAGAGGAAUUGUGGAGAAGAAGCUGGCCGCGUGUGUGAACAUCGUCCCGCAGAUCACAUCUGUGUACGAGUGGCAGGGGAAGAUCGAGGAGGACAGUGAAGUUCUUCUGAUGAUUAAGACCCGAAGUUCAAAGAUCUCCGCUCUCGCUGAAUAUGUCCGGUCCAAUCACCCGUAUGAGGUGGCCGAGGUCAUCAGUGUACCCAUCGAUCAGGGAAACCCGCCGUAUCUGAAGUGGAUCGGAGACGUGGUGCCCGAGUGAAGCGCUGGAGGGUGUUCUCAUCAUUUGACUGAAAUGUCCUUCGCAGGAAGAUUUCGUUCCGAGUUUGAUUUCUAUUAAAAGGUUGCAGGCAGUGAAA